UUUCAGUCUUUUGACAAAGAAUUUUGUUGUUCAAGUAUAAAUGAAAGCCAGCAGAGGCAGGUACAGAAGAAGAGCUUCUUCUCUGCAGCUCAAUGGAUAAAUCCAAAGAGAACUGGGCCUCCAACGACAUCGUUUUGCAGGUCGGAAUGCUCCUCGUCAUGUUCCUCUUCUACCUCUUCAUGCACAACGUCCCCAAGAAGCUCUGGUCUGACCUCCGUCUCCGCAACCGCGCCGACAUCCAAGCCAAGCGCCACUUCGUCCAAGGGGCCCAACUCCUCGCCCGAGCCCGCGCCUCCAAAUCCAAGGCCCUCGCCAAAGAAGCCCAGGCCCAGGCCCAACGUGCCAUCGCCCUCGACCCCCGCGACGCCGCCCCCCACCUCCUCAAAGCCCUCGCCCUCGAUUUCCUCGGCCUCCGCUCCGCCGCCCUCGAUUCCCUCGACGACGCCCUCUCCCCCCUCGCCGCCACCUCCCUCUCCCCCUCCGAGCGUGCCGACGCGCUUCUGAAACGCGCCGAACUCAGACUCGCCUCGACGCAGCGCGCCCGGGUCGACUCGGCCCUCGCCGAUCUCUCCGAGUCCGUCAAACUCAACCCCAACAACGCGAAGGCUUUCUUCUCUCUCGGAGAUUGCUUGGAGCGGAAGAAGAUGAACGAUGACGCCGUUAAGGCCUACCAGCAGGCUCUCGAAUUGAAACCCCAAUUGCACGUGGCUGAACAAGCCCUACACAGGUUGGAUUCUUCGCCCAAAACCAAUUGAGAUCUUGAACCGUUUUUCAUGCUAUGGUGUUCAUGCUAUCGUGUUCGAGUUACAGUUUCAUCUUUCCGCAACACCUUUAGAUCCAAUUACAAUUCACACUUGCUAAUUCGAUGGUGUUUUUGUGAUCUUUGAAAUUGGAAGAGAUUUUGGUUUAGGUUUAA